UUACCGUGCCGCGCACUAGUCUGCCGUCGACUUUAUGGUGUUAGUCGUUUACCGCCGUUUUUUCUUUCUCGUUUUCGCUUUAGCGUUCGAUAUUAAAUAUUUUCGUACGUUUGUUUCGAUAAAUAUCAUCGCAGCGGUUUAAUAUUUUCCCAAUACGUACUUUGUGGGGUUUUUUUUUUUUUUAAUAAUUUACCGCGUUGAACGUAUGGCGAAUUUUCACCACACGCACACCCGCCGCCGACGCGUUGACGGACUACGUCGCCGGCUUCCGGUUUCCGGCCGUUGAGACUAAAAAACACCUGAAAAACGUUUUGCACCGCAUUUGUAAUUACAGCUUACCUACAAUUUGCCGUUUGAACAAUAUCUAUAUAUAUAUAUAUAUAUAUAUUGCUGUUAACGCACUCAGACUCGAGAUCAGCUUGUAUUUUUUCCUAAUACAAAAAUGACCAACAUUGGACGAAUCAGGACCGUCGUGCUCGGAAGUUCGCGCGUAGGCAAAUCGGCUGUUACAGUGCGAUAUCUAACCAAACGAUACAUAGGCGAAUACAGUUCCAACACAGACCUGUUGUACAGACACGACGUGACGUUCGAUAGCGUUCUAACCGAAGUGGAAAUACUCGACACAUGCAAAUGUUCGACCACAUGUCUGUUCGAUCACAUCCGGUGGGGCGACGCGUUUGUCAUCGUCUACAGCGUGGUCGACUGGUCGAGUUUCAUCGAAGCCCAAGACCUGUUGGACAAGCUGAGCAAGCUCAAGUUGCCUUCGUACUUUGCCACGCUGUUGUUGGGCAACAAGAGAGAUCUGGAUCAUUCCAGGUGCGUGGCGGUGGACGCCGGACAGGAGCUGUCGCUGCGGUUCGGGUGUCAGUUUUACGAGGUGAGCGCCGCCGAAAACUUUGCCGGAGUCUCGCUGGCGUUCCACUCGCUGUUGCGCGAGACCCGGGCCGUCCAGCUGCUCCGCGGGCUGCCCAUCAGGCGCAAGCUGGGCGUCAACAGCGUGUCCAAGGUGCUGGGCACGAUAUUCGGCAAGAACAGCAGCAAGCGCGACCGGAAGAAGCGGCCGUCGUUGAGCAUAUGACCCGCGUGGGCGUCCGUGGCGUGGCCGGCCGGCGGCAACGGCGGCGGCGCGGCCAACGCUACGCUCACGUUAUGAGGCACAGAGACAUGAACCUGCGACGACAAAACGAAUAUAAGAGAAGAUUUAUUGUCCGAUAAUUAUUUAUCUUACACGACCGAUAAUAUUGUAUUGUUGAUAACAACACACCUAAAGUGGCUUCGAGAUGAUCUGAAAUCUAAAUUAUGUAUUCCAUUAUCUCCUCAUAUCUGUUAUUGGACUCGACGAUGAUAUUAUCUCUUGCGGACGCCCCCCAAGCAGCAAUCGGCAGAACCCACUGGCAAACAAAUUCUGUGAAAGCUCUCUCUUCCUGACACAAAAUCAAUUAUAUUGUUGUAAAUUACUUACAUAAAUUAUUAUAUUGUACAACUAUUUGACCUGUAUUACAUUACACCCUAUAUAUUUGAUUGUAGUAUAUUAUUACAAAUAUAUGUCAUUAACGUAUGAUGAAAAAUAACGGUUAGGUUAACACAAUAUUAUAAUAUGUUCUUAUAUACUUUUCGGUUAUUCGAAAAAUAAUAAUUCUGAUCUCGAAACGUUUUUUUGAAACGAUAAAACAUAUUUUUUUUUUUUAUACAUAUAAAUAAUAUAUAUAUAAGUAUCGAACAAAAAAAAAGUAUCGGACAAACCGUUGCACGGUAAAUUUGCUUGUGAUUUUUUUUUUUAUCUCGACCGCAAAGCCUUUCUCGCACCGUAUUGUUAUAAAACAAAUUAUUUUGUCGAUAAAUGUAAAUUAAAAAUAAUGUAUUUACACACAUAAUAUGUGAACUCGUUUGAUUUUCAAGUCACAUUACACUUUUGGUACGACACGGUAUAACAGAAAUCGUGCAAGAGAGGUUUUACGUUGAAUGUGUAUUUUGACAAAGUAAAAAUAACAAUUGCAAAUUUAUUAUACCUUUGGCGUUUAAUAUUUUGUUUGCAACGUUAUUUUUUUUUAGUCACGAUCGAACUUCGUACAGAUUAAAUAAAAAUAAUAAUAUUACGGUUUCAAAUAGUAUCUCGUCACUUGUGUAAAAUUGUCAGUUUAUUGUUUAUUGUACUACCGUAGUGAAUGUGUCCGAUAACAAAAAAAAAAAAAAUGUUUAAAAAUCACCGACAGUUAAGUAAACUUGUGAAAAAUAUUGUAUUUGUAUAAAUGGAAAACUAUGAACACUUGUUUUUUUUUGUAAAUAAAUGCGU